AAACGAAUAUUCGCUCAAGUCGCGCGCAAGUCGCGAUAUCGUGGUAGAGGGGCCAGCUGUUCCUCCAUUGGCUCGGAAAAUGGAGUUGUUCGUUCGUGGGCUCUGGUCGAUGCUGCUUAAAGCCGCAGUGGAGUCAGACCUACUAGUGUCGUCGGAGAGCCGAGCAGUACGUAUCGACCGGUCGCAUCUGCAAAGAGAACAGCGUCUAUUUUCGUCCGGACGGACAUACUUGCAUCAUCGCUGUGACAAGAGCGUGUUCUCUGAGAGGAGAAGCUGAAGAACUGAUGCUGAAGAGAGUCGACCGAGCCUACGAGAAAUCUCGGGAAGCAUCAGUCAAAACUUCUAGCACCGGCUGGUCGUUGAACGCCUACGUCGAUAGUACGUUGAUCGGAGUCACGCCGAAAAGGAGUAGGAACGGGAGGAGGAGAAAUCGAAAUAUAUAGAAGAGGAGUAUAAGAGUAAUCACAACAGUGAUCUCGAGUAGCCUAGAAUCUUGGAGCAGAAAGUUGGAGCAGAAAGGUGGCUGGUGAAAUCGGAGCAAGGUGCCACUAUUACUAUGUAAAUUUUCAACGGGUGUACAUACAUUUGCGCGCGCGCACUGUCGCCAACGAGGAACGGCAUUAGCAGCAACGGUAACAAUAUCAUCGUUAAUAGCGGCGAGAGAAACGGGCACGAGCGAGAGGGAAUCGCGCGGUACGCCGCGAGCUAGAGGCGAGCUGAUCUUUUCUUUGACAAAUUCCAAGGAAGCCCGCAAACUGGCUCCGGAAGUGAGGAUCAAGCAAAUUGGAAUGAGGGAGGAUCUGCUGUCUAUAAUACGGCACACGAGUAGCGAUCACUUCUCGGAAGAGCUUUAGCCGGGCGCUUAACCAGGAAGUAGAUACGCAAGAAGCCAGGCGAAUAGAGUAUUCAAAGGAUAGAGUAGAAGCGGCUCUCGCUCCACGUUGGUGGAUUCUUUUUUCUUUUUUUUUUUUUUGGAGCGGCUGGCUCUACGUCGGGCUUCCUUUUGUUCCUCGGUAUUAUUCCUUAAUCGAUCAUAAUUUCGUCGUUAUCGAAAAGGAGUGAGAGAGGGGGAGCCGAAUACCUGACUGUUCUCCAUAACACAGGUUCCUCAGUUAUGCCCUGGGUCGCCGUAUGUUUUGAUCUGCUAGCGACUCCGUUAUUGGGUUAUUGUCUCGCGAUCAGGAAACUGGCCCUGCAAGCUGGGCUUCUGCAGGAGAAAAAAAGCGAUCUCGCCGUGAGGCAAACGUCUAACACGGAGACAUCCUUGAACGCUGACACCAUGGCCCCGAACGCGGAAGAGCAGCGUCAAGAUCCCAGCAAAAAGGUCGCAGCAAGAACUUCAGGAUUGACGAAGUCAUCGCGCAAAUUUGCGGGAGUUGUUGUAGCCACUUGCGGUUUGCCAGCUCGUGGAAAAAGCCAAAUCGGGCAAAGUCUUGCUCGCAGACUCAUUUGGAAUGAUAUAAUUACCAAAGUGUUCCGCGUGAGUGAUUAUCGAAGGAAGCGGUUCGAACCCCAUAUAUCUCACGAAUCCUUCCCGUCGGAUAAUGCGGCAAAUAACGCGUUACUAGCUCUCGCACAGAGAGAUGCCAUGCAAGAUUGCGCGGCAUGGCUCGCAUCUGGAAAUACUGUAGCGAUCCUGGACGCUAUGCUGAUCACGCGGGCGCAACGCACAGAGGUUUACGAUUAUUUCUCUGGCCAGCUCGGUUACCGUGUUGUUUUCAUCGAGUGUGUCUGCGACGAUCCUGAAGUUCUGGAAUACAACCAACAAGAAAUUGUGAGACAUUGCGCUGACUAUGCAGGAGUAGAUGCCUCUUUGGCCGCAGAACAUCUGCGUUCAAAGAUCGCUUUUUAUGAGGGGAUGUACGAACCUAUGGAUGACAGAACUUAUCCCAGGAUCAGAAUCGAUACUGCUACUAUGGAUAUCGAGACCUGCAAAGUAUCUGGUCAUAUUGAAACCAGCGUACUUGGAUAUCUUGGAGACAUCAGUCUCAAACCUCACACUCUUUAUUUCUCUAGGCACGGCGAAAGCGAGUAUAACGUGGUUGGUAAAAUCGGCGGCGAUACGGUAUUGAGCGCCAGAGGCGAGUGUUAUGCUCAAGCCUUAUCCAACAGAUUCAAUGCUAUGCGUAUUCCCGAUCUUCGAGUUUUUACCAGCCGCCUUCGCAGAACGAUCGCAACGGCGCGUGGUAUUGAAGCUCCUCAGGAACACAUAGCCGCCUUGAAUGAACUUCACGCGGGGGUGUGCGAGGGUCUUUCUUACGAAGAAAUGCAGGAGCAUUACCCGCAGGAGUUUGCUUGGCGUGAUCAGGAUAAGUUGCGUUAUCGUUAUCCGUGGGGUGAGAGUUACAUCGACGCGAUGCAACGUGUCGAGCCGGUUAUCGCUGAGUUACAACGUUCCCACAACGUUCUCGUGGUGUCACAUCAAGCGAUAUUACGCUGCAUCAUCGGAUUCUUUCUCGAUAAGAAGCCUGAAGAGCUGCCCUAUAUGGAAGUGCCACUACACACGAUAAUUCGCAUCACCAGCCAGGGUUACAAUUACAAUCUCGAGUUCUUCAAGCUGCCGAUCGAGUGCGUAAACACGACUCGUGUCAAGCCCAAAAAUUGCAGCGGCGAUCGUACUGCUGCUGAUGCUCUGAUCACGGUUCCCGCACACUUCGAUAUACCGGAUCCCUGGAGAAAUCCUGGUAACGGGCCUACUCUCGUGCAGCAACACUAAGAGAAGAGCACCCGUUUUAAAAGUGGCAUAAAUCAAAUUUUGAAACGUAAAUUUGAUCCCUGAAGAAAACAACAGUAAGAAUAUCAAUAUACGCUUUUGCAUAUUGGAAAAUUUUAUAAUAAAAGAAAACAAAAUAAAUAAAAUAAUUAUUAAUUUAGAUAAAUUUUAUUUAUAACAUAUUUUCAAUUGAAGAUUAAAAUAAGAUCUUCAAAAAUUGAUUUAUGUCAUAAUUGAAACGAGAUGUUUUUUAUUUACAUCAAUAAUUGGCUAUAUACUUGUGGAACUAUAAAAGAUUAUUUCAUUGUUUAUUCUGAACUUUAUUAUUAUUAUUAUGAAAAGAAAUUGGCCACUGUCAUUAUUAAUAUUCGUAUAGUGGCAGUUACAUUAAAUGAUUUUGAUUAUUACGCGUAGUAUUUCAUAAAGAAGUUAACUGACUUAAUGUCUACUUGUAAUCAACAUACGAACGCGAUAGAAAAAGUAAAAAGGUAUUUACUCUAAUUUGAAGAGUCCUUUUAUGCAAUAGAAAAACAUACAGAGACUUUUGAGCAUAAAUGAUCUGUGACAUUUAGUCGGCCAUAUUUUUGUGUACGUCCAGAUUUUGACGAUAGGUCUACGAUAUCCCGAUAGAAACCAAUAUACAUCUUUUUGAUAGCUAGCAAUUGGAAGCCCAUGACUCGAGCCCUCUAGAUAUACACGGGACUCACAGUUUUAUCAAUAGUUUAUAGUGUUGUCUGAUUCAUAGUACGCUCAUGAUAGCUCAUAGAUUGAGAUAAAUUACCUGUCAUGCGCUAAACGUACGCAUAGAUUUGUAUAUAGAAGGGAUAAAGAUUUGAUGUUGAAAAAUAUUUGUAAUAGAGAAAUAAUACUGAUAGAUAUUGUCACUCUAAUUGACAUGCGUAUAAAUCUUCAUAUCUUUUCAUUGUAUCUCAGCAUUUUUUAAAUUCUUUUUUUCCAAAAUAUAUUAUUAAUUUUUAUUCCGUGAUUUAUGCUGUGAUUGUUUUUAUCAAAUUUAUGAUCUCUUUUUCUGUCACAUUUUAUUAAAUGAGUGCCAUCAAAUUUAAAAUUCUGUUGAAAACUCUAAAAAAUGUCGGAUAUAUACAAAUGUAUGCAUUUUUUUAUUUCAAAAUAUAUUACAAAUGUUAUUCUGUGCUAUAAUUGCUUUUAUUAAAUUAAAUUAAAUUAAUUUUUAAUUAAAUUGCUUAUUAAUUAAAUCUGUGAUCUCUUUUAUUGUCACAUUUUAUCACUUGAAUGUAAUUGAAUUUAUGAUUAUGUCGAAAACAAGAAAAAAUAUUAAAUAUGCUCAGAUAUGUGCAAGUUAACAAAUGUAAUGAUUGAUUGUGAGACAUUAUACCUCAAUCUGGCCUUUUAUAUCAUGUACGAUACAAAAAUAUAACAAAAAAUUAUCUGAGUACUCUAAGACCUUAUAUUUUUAUAAAGGAUAUAAAUUAGAUGUAUUUAUAACUAUACUUUCUUUAACGGUUAAUUUGUUUUAUAUUUUAACUAGCAAUGCAAUAUUUUUACUUUUCAUAAUUCAUAAUAUAUAAGUAUUUAAUUAUUAAUCAAUAUAUCAUUUUACAUAAAUUAUAGGAAAAUCUUUGCAACGAAAUGGAUGAUCGAAAAGGAAUUUUAACAUUGAAAUAGCUUAUAAGAGACGGAAACUUUGUUAGUUUAUUAGCGGCUAUAAAGCUACUGUUAUAAAUUACGACUAUCUGCAAACAAUAAGAAAUAGACUUUAUUAUCUCAAUAAAUUUUUUGCAAAACAAGUGUUGAUUAUUGCGAUUGUAAUAUACAAUGAUUUAAACGUUGGUGAAAGAUAAUUUCAUCUUUACUACUGAAUCUUUUUCUCGAAAUUAAUGUUUCUGUACACAUAGUUUUAAAUUAGGUCUAUUUAAAUUAAUAUAUUAUUUUAUAAAGACUUGUUAAAAUCUGUAUUUUUAGUGGAUAAUAUACGCAUAGAAGAACAAACAUUUAAAGAUACAUGCAUUUUGGACGUUGAUUUCAUGAAGUGGAAUUUUUAAAGUCCUGCAUAAAUUUACUAUGAUUUUUUUUCCUAUGUAAUUAAAAUUAUUUUAGCUAAACGAGUAAAACUUUGCGGAAUAAUGUAUAGAAAUUAUAUUCUUAUAUGUUAUCGAUCUAUUUCACCGUUCUAUUUUGUUAGGAUAGUCUAUUGCAUAAACACGCAUAAUAUUUGUUUAGACGUAAAUGCGAGUUUUUUAGGAUUCAACAUAAUGCUAAGCUACGAAUCUGACUUUCGCGCUUAAGAAGAUUUAAUUCAAUGAUUUACUUAUUUUAAGGAAAAUUUAGGAAAAAUAUUUUAUGUGUGCUGUAUGUCUUCCUGAAUAAGAAGUCGAUCUAGUCGAACAUUCGAAGUUUCGACUGCUAAACAUUUCAUGACUCUACACGAACACCGUGACAAAUAAAUUAUAAUUUGUAAUAUGUAUAUUAUAUAUAGUUGAGGUAUAUUAUUCGUAGUUUUAAAGCUUUAGAAUUUUUUAUUUGUACACACUGAAUAAAUUUUUUUUACAAAACU